GCACUUUAUCCUUCUUCCAAGCAUGUUACAGACAACCCAGAAGAGCAGGUUUGAUAUUCUGAGAGUUCAAAACGUUAAGCUCGUGUGUCUGUACUGCAGGAGUUAUCGAUUCAUAUUGCUUUUUCCGAUUCCUUUUGGUCUUGUUUUUCAUUUGUUUAAACAAUAAAGGUCUACGGUAGCAAAAAAGAAAGUUUGGUUUUCACGUUCAGAGUUUGCGUGUUAUUGAAGUUUCGUCGGCAUGGCACAUGUGAACAAACCGAAAAAAAUGUAAAUAGAGUUCAUUUUGUGUUCAUGCAGAACUUAAACGCAUAAUUUAUUGUAAUAAAUAACGCUGGGAAGUAAGAAUUGGUCAAAAUGCCUGACAUCAAAGAUUUAUGACCAAUGCUAAUUUAUUUAUUUUUUCAUACUAUGUUGUAUUUCGUUCUUGUCAGAAAGCAAAGCCAACACAAUGUGUUAAGUUUAAUUUGUAAGCUCAAGCAAUUUGUAUGUAAUAAUGCUGCUAAAACAGCUAAAACAAAGAUAGCUGACCAUGCAUGGAAUAUUUAUUUGUAAAGAGGACAGUAAUUAAGAAGAAGAAUUAAGUGAUUACCAGAGUAAGACAUUGUUGCUCGCUUAAUAUUGUAAAUUUGGAUUGAAUUAAGAAAAGACAAGUUAUACAAAAGUUAUCGAUGGUUAAUAGAAGUGCAGGUAUGAAAUUGAAAAGAAUAUUGUGAAAUCGGCCAAUAAGGAAUUGUAUUUAACACAAAGGUUGGAUAAUCAAAUGAAUUUAUUGCAUAAUCGAGAUACGUGUUUAAUUACGAACCAUGUGUUUUUUAGGCUGUAUGAUAAAGACUAGAGAAGAGGCCAGCGUGUGUUGAUAGUAUGGUGUAAUAUUAGAAAUAUUAGUAAACUCCAAAGGUAGAGAACCGAAAACUAUUAUCAUGUAUACAUGUUACAAUAAACCUUUUUUUCUCUGGUACUGUUUGGCUGUUGGAUUAUCAGAGGCUAAGAAUGACGUUAACGCAAACGGGAAGAAUGGAACUUCUUGCCAUGGGCUUGGAGACACUUUGCCCGAAAGUUGAAUUAUAUUUGCGUUAACUGUAAUCGAGCGAUAUAUUUUUUGCCAUUUUCCAAUGCUGCAAACUCGCUGUUCUUUAAUAGGAUUGGUGUCUUAUAACAAUUUCUAAUUACUUAAUAUUAUUAUGUUAUUUGUUGCCCCGAUACUCAGAUCUUCCGCUCAUCCUAGAUCAACCUACAGUGUGUUAUCUCCCUUGCCAAUUUUCAGGGUUACCGUGGGUUUCCCCGCAUGGGAACCGCUAAGAUGAAUCGCCUAUAGCAUGGCAUUGCAACCGCUCAUCCCAAAAAGCGGGAGGCUUGGGUACCAAAAUACAAACAAAGAUGGAGAACGCUCUAUGUACGCCUUUGUGAACUCGUGAAGAUUUAACACUUCAUGCCGUUCUUCAACUUCUUACCUGAAAAGUGUCGCUUAGGGCGAACUGUAUGAUUUAAGAAUAAGUUUAGGCAUGGGUUUGGAUUCAUCAAAACCAAACCAAUCAGAUAUUCACGGAACAGAACUGGCUCUUUGCACGACAACUUACCGGUCAUUUCAUUUGAAAGGCGAACCAAUUCCUCCACCCUUUACCAUCUUGAAGGAACUAAAGCAUUCAGACCCAUUGAAGGUAACAGCCUGUGCCUUUUCUCCGAACGACGAUACAAGUUUGCUGUCACUUACAACGUUUGCUGGCCAUGAUUUGAGACAUUUUCGAGCAGGAUUUGUUCAAUGUUGGGACCUCGAUAGCCUCGAGGAAACCCAUGAUAACAGCCUGUUCACGUGCUCACCGCCUCUCGUUUGCAAUUUUUCGCCAAAUGGGGAGAUUUUGUCGAUUAUUUUAGGCACAGGUCACGCAAAAAUUAUUUUGGCUGAGCGCACAGACGAUUGUACUCUAAAACCGUUCAUAAUUAACUGUGAUAAAGGUGAAUAUCGCGAUAGAAGUCGUCUGACCAGACCUUUAUGUUGCGUGUUUUCUCCGGACGGCCGCAAAGCCGUGACAGUGAGCAAUGUUACGCUAGAAUCUCACAGAGGUACUGAAACAAAUGAUAUUUGGCUAUGGCAGGUGAAGUCCAAGAAAAAGCUAAAAAGUUCAGGGAGAGUCAGUUGUGAAGUUGUUUUUCCAGGAUUUUCCGGUCACUUGAUCAGCUGUGUCUUUUCACCAGACAGCUCCCUUGUUGCAUUUUCCAGUUCCUUGAGUCAGCUAUAUGUUCUGAAAAGUGAAAAUUUAGAGUUGCUGUCUGCCAUUAGGACUGAUGUUGCAAGAAAUGCUUGCAGUUGUUCUUUUGUUCCCUGUUUUCCAUUUCAAAAGCUUGCAGCCUGCUAUGAGGAUGGUGUUUUUCAGAUCUGGUAUAUUCAAGAUGGUAACACUAAAUGUGUAACAGAAACAAAGAUUGUGACAGGUUCAACUAAGUUGACAGCAUUUUCAUACAGCGCAGAUGGUGCCUUAUUAGCCUUUGGUACUUCACAAGGAAAAGUUAUUGUAACUGAAACAGAACUGUUACAGACUCUUUAUGAGAUAAGUUCAAUACAUGUACCUGAUGCCAGGCUAGACUCUGUUUCUAAUGAGUCAAGCACAACCAUUGUGUGUUCUGUUGCCUUUGCAAGGAGCUGUAAUGAACUGGCCAUUGGACAGAGUGAUGGCUUAGUUCGGAUCUGGCAGUUGCCUCUAAAAUUUGAACUGCAACAUUUAUGUCGUUUAGUGAUUAAUGGGUUGGUUCCACCAGCACAAGUGACACAUCUGCCCUUACCAAGAAACUUAAAAGCUUAUCUAUUAUUUUCACCUCUUGCUAGUACAAGAGUAAAUGAAUGUUCUUGAAGAUCCGAAGCAAAUUGUAGCCAUUAAAGAGACCACUUAGACACAGAGACUCUAUGGUGAGGGGGCCCAUACCAUCUUUCCUAUUCUAUUCACAAACAUGAUGCUAUCGAUAUUGCUGAUCCUAGCAGUACACAGGACGUGUGUCAUAUGUACCUCAUAAUAGGUGUCGCUCACUCACCAUAGAGUCUCUGUGGCUCAGUGGUAAAGCAUUGGAGCAUGGCCUAAGGUUCUUGUGGUGACUCAAAAAUUUUUUCUUUGUCCUACGCUUGUCACAAGAUGAAAAACAUCUUUCGCUAUUUUUUUACUGAGCUCAAACUUACCAUCUCUCUCAUACUAUUUAGAACCAGUUUAAUUGUUAUCUUCCAAAAUAUGUCUAAUAGGAAAUUGAAACUUAAAAACAUUAGGUAUUUGUCACCAGUGUCUCAAAACUAUUUAGCUUGUUUCUAAUAUAUAAUACCAAAUUUGACUAAUCUUCCAUGUAGUCAACAUUCCAAUCUGUUCAUUGGCAACUUCUUUCAGCUGUAAAGAGUUUUUUCUCAAAUUGAGGUCUUGUUUCUCUUCAGAUGUUUGAUAAUUUUUGAAAUGUUGUGGUAGAUUUGCAACAAAAACAGGCAAAACAUAGGAACACAUGGAAUUUCAAGCCAUUUAGUUCCAACACCAAAUAACUAUGUAAUUUCUUGAUAUCAAUGCUGUAAAUUAUUUUAUUUUAUAAGUUUGAAUGAGGUCAAUUUAUCCCUCAUUGUAUCUGAGUUAGAUAAAAAAUGUUCUUAACAUUACUCAGAGCUAUUACUUUGCACUUAAGUGCAAUUGUUAGUUCAUCUUGAAAAAAAUUACAGUGGCAUAUCAUAAAAAGAAUUAUGACAAGACUGCCAGACCACACCCCCCCACACCCCCCUUGCCUCAACAACUGGCAAUGCAGCAUUACUGCUGGCCUCGAAUGCAGAUUUUCAAGUAAACCUUUUUUCAAAUGGUAGUAAGGUAUAUUUAUUUUGAAUUUUCGUUGAUGAUCUGGCACACUUAAAUGUUAUGGAAUUAGGGAAAUCUUGCAGAAUAAAAGAGGAUCUAUAAUUUUACAUAUAGUUGACAGUUGCUUCCUAAGUAGUCCUAAAACUACAAGAAAAAUAGAAGAGUCGUGGUCAACGUAAACAUACCUACAAGAAAAAAACAAAAAAGAAACAACUCAGUCCUCUUUCCUAAGUAUAGCCAUGGGCCAAGAUCAGCUAAAGGGUUACCCAACUCCUUGGGUAGCCUGCGCCAAGCUCUUGAUCCACAAGCACGCAAAUGUAAAACAGCAAAUGCAAGUGUUUGCCUUGACGACUGCAACUGCUAGCUAAUUUGCUCUUCACGGAUUAGGUACCUGAAACAGGCUACAGCCUGGUGUAGAUCUUUGAGUUGGCAAAUAAUUUAUUUACAUAUUGGUUCUCUCUGUAUGCAGAAUGGAGACGAGGCUGUUAGAAUCUUAUAAAAAGAGUAAAAACAAGAAAAAAUGAUAAUAGAAUCUGCCGGGGAUAAAGUAGAGUAGCCAUGGCCUUUGGUUGAUCAGUUGACGAUAGAGAACACAUGGCUUCCAAAUCACAGCUGUCAACAGUCUCCUUAAAACAUGACAAAAAUUCGUCAAGACUACAUAUUACGUUUCCAUGACAACAUGGCAGAGUUACUGGUUCCUCGUUCACCAACACCUGCACUUUGUGAUCCCGUUUUUCCGCCAUUCCUGAGGAUUUGCACGCGUAUAAAACCACAGCGACAUUGCCCGACAUGGGAACCAUGUUAGACAAAACGAAUUGUCGCUUUCUCGUUUGGAGGUAAUUAUCUGCCCGCAAAGGCAUGGAAUCUUUGAAAAGUCCGAGAAUUGUCAACAACCCAACUAAAGUGCCUGAUGACGUGAAUCGAAAUACUCCCCGAAGAUCGGUUUGACCUGCGGAGAAGUCACGCAAAUUUUUCGUGAUUUCAGAGAGCAGAGUGCAUUCUAUCUUCAGAUUUAGCUGGUUUCCGUAUGAGUGCUCGUAAUACGCUUCCAGAUCACCCUGAUACUCCAUUAUUUUGACAUCAUUAUCUUCCAACAAAUCACACCAGCUGCGGUCGUUACGGUUCAUUACUCCAAACGCACACAACCGGAAAAUUUUCUCGACAAGAUCAAACGUCAGUGACAUCUUUCCGGUUAUCUUGAGUCUUUUUUCAAGUCGUUCUGUUACACUCCUAACUUCUGGCCCUUUCAAAAACUUUUCAACUUCAUCAAGGCCAUUUUCGUCAACGUCGAUCUCGUACCGAGGACAUGUUUUGUAAGAAGACAAUAAUUUAUCCUGGUAUUGACGACCAGAAAACAUGACAGCAACGGGUUGAAAUUUUGAUGGGCUUACAGGACCUUGGGAUUCAAAUAAUCCGUGGGCAAACGCCAUGGCGCUUUGAGCCGUGCGAGGUUUAUCUGAAGACACAAAACUGUAAUAUUUAUUCCAAUAUUUCUUGUCGAAGACCCUGUUAAAACGGGCUCGAAACCUUUUGGCGAUACUGUAUUGUUCAAUUUCACCAACGGCUGUUAAUUCGCCUGGAUUACCGUCGUUCCACAGCGGUGGUUUGAUCCAUGGUAACGUGAGAUUUUGGUAGCGGAAUGGCGAAUCUUUUGUGUAGAUUUGGUUCAGCUUGGUUAAAAGUGCAUCAAUUUCUUCCAUAUCGCCAUCACUUGGAAGUCGAGAGCCGUGGCGUAUCACCAUGUUGAGAUGAAUAGGUUCACAUCGGUCGGGGUGUGUUAUCGAGGAAGCAGAAUUGUUGAAGUGGUAUGCUGUUUUCGUUCCAAGGCGAAACGUUUGCGAGCCUCCAGCAUACUGAAAGAAAAACAAUCGAAUAAUAGAGAAUAAAACCAGUUUCAAAGCCAUGUUGAGGGACGUUCGUGGCUGUGUUUACACGGCCGAGUGUGCAUGCUUAAACCAUAACAACGUCAUGUUUAGGGGAUAUUGAUGCAUAGCUGAAAUGUAACGCUUGCCGAUAGAGCUACACAAAAUGCAAAAAUGUCACGUCAAAGAACGUCAUGACGUCAUUGUUUAUGGGCAACUGAGAUUUCCUUCGCCUUUCCCUAGAUUGUGAUGCUCAUACUGGGAGCCCAUCGCUGAUAGUGACAACUAGACUCCUAAAGAAAAGCGAACUUCUGCUGAGGAUAAAAUUAUAUUUAGAAAAAUAAGAAUACAUUAAGCCGUGUUCGUGGUAAAUUAUGGUUUGACGAAAAAGAAAACAUCACGAUGAACGAAAACGAGCUCAUUAAAAUUGAUGACAAUAAACUAUAAGUAAAAGUUUCGCUUCCGUUUCCCUUCGUGUUUGCUUAUGUUUUUCCAUACGUGAGAAGUAAAAACAAACAGCACUAUGAUCCAAAACAUUGAAUUAAUUUUGAAGCAGCCUUGAACUGAAUUCUUUGUCUUUUUAAAUUAAUUGUUUGAGUAGUCAAUUAUUUUCAUCUAUCUAUUUAUUCGUUCAUUGAUUAAUUUAUUUAUCUGUUUAUUAUUUUUUCAUGGAACUCUCUUCCGAAAAAUAGAUGUACCUGUCUUAAGUAAACGAAACAUUUUUUUCCCAGUCACUCGGCCAACCAUAUGCUGCCUGCCCUUAAAAUCUUCAAAAUAUACCUUAAAUAUCUAAAGAUUGGAGGGUAAAAGUGUGAUUUCAUCAUAGUUCAUUUGACUGGGGAUUAUGAAUGACAAUUCCCCGAAGGUGAUUGGUUUAAAGGAAUCUAGACAGGCAGAACUAUAAUGAUGAUGACAAUAAUAAUUAAUUGACGAUUUCGAUAGCGCCAUAUCCAUUAGCUCAUAACACUUUACAACACUUUGCGGGGAACUUUAGCCAGACUGCAUUGAACAGUUUACAAUUUUGAAAGACAUUUUUGCAGACGUUCCCAAUUUCGGAAUCAAGUCCACAGUACAACACCGAGAGCAACAAUCAAACUCAACGGUUUAUUUUCCUUUUCUGAGAAGACCAGCAUGUCUAACCAUUUGCAGAGGUCACAGCAAUAGCUAGCACAUUCUCCUCAACUAUUCUAAGACGCUCAAUUUUGUUCUGGUCUGGAGCUUAAACACUCGACCUCCCGCACGGCAGUGGGUCCGGUGCUCUACUAUCUGAGCCAACCAGGAAACUGGUUAACAACUUUCUUAUGUUAACGAUUGCGGGGGAGGUCUGUGGAAGCAUUUGGUCGUGUCAGCGGCAGCAGCUUUAAGUAAACUUUCAAACUGAAUACAUUGACUAACGCGAAAACUAAACCUGAGGCCAUGUAACUCAUCAUGAAGGCUGUCAUACGAGAUAAACAAGCAAUACUCGUAAGUAUGAAGUGUUUCGUUGAUAUACCUUCAUUUCAGGGUAACUUUCAGAGUUUCAUCGCAAAAGAAGGAGUCAAAAGGAUCGAGGAUUUACUGGAAAGUUUGUGUAAAUCUUAACUGAUGUUAGGUAAUUGCAUCUGUAUUAUCUGCAUUCGUUGAAAAAAAAAUAUGUCUGCAUUUUCGUGGUCGUUGUCGCAAAUUACAUCAAAAUAGAAAAAUGUAUUUCCCUUUCGUCAAUUUUCGCAUUUUGAAAUUGUAAGCUUUGCUUUGCAGAAAAAUCCCAGAUCGACGGAUUUUGGAUUUUUUUCUUAUUUAGAAGACUCCGUUCAAUAACAGAAAAACAAUCUAACGCGGAAAUUAAUCGACUGACUUCCUACGGAGAGGUCCACUAAUUACCGAUUGCGGAAAAAAGUUUACGAACGUAAAUUUUUCGAUGAGCACGUUCCACUGAACAAACGGAAUUAGAAAAAGGCUACCCUGAACUCCACAACAGUUAGAGUCAUCCGAAAUGCUGCCUCACGAACUGCUCCAGGUCAAAUUAAUUUAGAACAAAAAUAAAAUACUAUUGUUUUGGUCGUUUAUUUCUCUUGACAUUUUCGCGUGCUCUCACCUCGCUAAAUGGCAAAUGUUUACAUUAUCUGUUUUACGACGAAGACCAACAGAUGUUUUGCAACCUUUGUUUUGCUUAUCUUGUCCGGGUAAUUCUUUAUUUAGUGACAUCAAGAGUUAAUCAUUUGGAUUUUGCUUGUGGGAAACGGCAAUAGAUGAUCCAUGAGACGUGACGGCACGUUUCUUACACGUAUUUUUUUCUUUGUCACAUGCUCGCAGCAAGACGAGAAACGUUUUCCUUUAUUUCAUUAUCGAUCUAAAAAUUUGAAAUCUUUCCUCUUCGAUUUACCCGCUCGAAACCGUGAUACGGACAGACUCACACAUAUGCACUAAGAAAAGCCUUACCUGGUGCAUCAGAGAGUUCUCCUAAGCUGUGGGAGAGAGCAUCGUAGCGCCGAAUUUGAAGGCCUGGCGUGGAGUGAUAACGGGAAUCAGUUAAGGAGUGGAAGAGUGAGACGGAUGACACAAGGCAGGACCUUGAUAGCUCCGCUGUCAUGCGAAAACCAAUCAAAUAACUUUAUCAUGCAUCAUAUAACGGAUCACACGUGUCGCCAAAAUGUGGUCAGAACUUGAGUGACUUGCCCAUGGCGCGUGUGCCGCUUUUUUGUUCUUACCAAAUUUUAGCGGCAGCUUUCACUUCAAAGUGAAAAGACUUCCGGUGAAAUUGAAUCUAUUUUUUAAAUAGAUAGGACGAUUACUUUUAGGCGAAAAUCGCCAGAAACACACUAACAUUCGUCAUAAGCCACCAUACGAUGGCCUUUUUUGUGAAUGCAUCUCCUGCACUUGAAAUUUGACCAUUUCUUAAAUAUUCAUCUCAUUCUUUCCUCUUAGCCCUGUGAUGAGGUAAUUUCUGUGGAGUGCCGUGACGAUAUCGCCUCUCUACAUGCUCUGAGAGUUCAAAUUGACCGAGAACUGCUCGACCUCUCCUUCUUGAGCGACGCGGAAAGCAUGGGCCAAAGAGAGCUUGCGAAAAGUUCUUCGGCACCAGAUCUCCGAAACUUAUCCGUCACAGUCAGAGAUAUGGAGACUAGUAGUGUGUGCUCAGUCGAUGAUCUUUCCCAAGGAUCCUUGGGAGCAGAGCGUUUUCUUGGGGCAAGCACAAGCGCCUGUGACGUAAAGCGGUCCAAAGAAUGGCUUGAUACUUACCUUUGA